AUGAAGCUUCAGGCAGUGAUGGAGAACUUGCACAGACAGCAGAGGGCCAAGCUGCUGAUGGAGCAGCAGCAGCAGGAGGCGGCGCAGUCUCAGGUGGGCGGGGCCUCCCCUGGAGACGAGCUCAGGAGCCCCGCCUCCGACACCGAGCAUUCUCAGAUGGCGGCGCUGGCAGCCAUGCGCGCGGUGGCAGCGGGUCUCCAGAAGAGCACGGACAGCCCCAUGUCGGAACGCAGCAGCGCGGGAGAGGAAGAGGAGGAUGACGAAGAAGACGAAGAAGAAGGAGAGGAGCCCUAUAAGGAUAUGAUGGGCUCCGAGGAAGAGGAGCAAAUAAAGCAGAAAUGGGACGAGGAAGACUUCGAAGGUGAGAUGGAGGAGGAUUACGACGACGACCUGGGCGAUGAAGGUCUGAUGUCGGGCCGAGAGGUCGUGGCGCCGAACCGAGGCAUUCUCCUGCUUCCUCACCGUCAGCUUCAUCCCCACUCACAGCUACUGAAGGCGCGGCCGGGUGUGGCCGCCGAGCCCCGCCCGUCGCCCCUCCCCACGCACAGUUCUCACAGCCAAUUGGCAGCUCAGGACCAUGCAGACUGGACCUACGAGGAGCAGUUCCGACAGCUGUAUGAAUUAGACGCAGACCCAAAGCGAAAGGAGUUUCUUGAUGACCUGUUCAGCUUCAUGCAAAAAAGAGGGACUCCAGUCAACAGAAUUCCCAUCAUGGCCAAGCAGGUACUGGACCUGUACAUGUUGUAUCAGCUGGUGACAGAGAAAGGAGGACUGGUGGAAGUCAUCAAUAAAAAACUAUGGAGGGAAAUCACAAAAGGACUCAACUUACCCACCUCCAUCACCAGCGCGGCUUUUACUCUCCGAACACAAUACAUGAAGUACCUUUACCCUUACGAAUGUGAAAAGAGGGGCCUGAGUAACCCUAACGAGCUUCAGGCAGCCAUUGAUAGUAACCGCCGCGAAGGAAGACGCCAAGGCUUUGGAAGCUCCCUCUUCACCUACUCGCCCAACGGCACCCCCACCAUGCUGUCUUCUCCCAGCAUCUCAAUGCCCAGCAUGGGUAUGGCCGUGGGGACCAACGGAGCUUCCCUCACGCCCAUUCAGAAAGUCAAAAAGGAGGAUGACAUCAGCCAGUCCCUCAGCGCUGCUGGUAGGAUGCCAAGCGCGCUGGCGGGUCACUCAGUGGCAGCCGCGCAGGCGGCAGCUGUGCAGGCAGCUGCGGCGCAGGCAGCCAUGGCUGCGCAGGUGGCUGCUUUGGAGCAGCUGCGGGAGAAGCUGGAGGCCGGCGAGCCGCCGGAGAAGAAGAUGGCCCUGCCUGCGGAGGAACACCAGAGACUGCUCCAGAGAGCACUGCAGCAGAACCUGCUCGCCAUGACCGCGCAGAUGCCUAUGAACAUCCGCAUCAAUCAUCAGGAUGGUCGUCAGGACUCCGCCCUCAACCUCACCACCAAUGGCCUAAGCAGCAUUAGCAUGUCUGUGGAGCUCAACGGAGUCGUCUAUACCGGUGUGCUCUUUGCUCAGUCUGCAGGAUUAACCUCCACAGCUGGUUCUGGAUCAGCUAAAAGUGCCGGUGGGAGAAGCAACUCCAUGCCUGUCCCUCACACACCUACCUCAUCCACCUCAAACAACCAGUCGCCUUAACCUCAAAAACGCUGACUCCAACGCCAAAUACCAACC